GUGCGUGUGUUUUGGCAAAGUGCUUCUGAUUCUGGGUGUAACUCCAUGACUCGGCUCCCUGCAGGGAACUCCGCCUGUACAGUUUUAAUGUGUGUUUACAGCUGAAAAUCACGGCAGAUCCGGUUUUUAAGACGCUGCGUAAUUUCAGUCUUGGAAAAGCAAUUGUGUCACCGGCUCUUGCCCCGAGUUUACACUGGGAGAGAGACCUCGUGCUGAUCGAAGGGCUCCUUUAUCCUCCUGAGCCCUGGCAUUAGUCGGGCAGUCACGGUGGCGCAGCGGUAGAGUUGCUGCCUUACAGCGCUUGCAGCGCCCGAGACCCCGGGUUCGAUCCCGACUACGGGUCCAAUCCGUACAGAGUUUGUACGUUCUCCGCAUGAGUUUUCUCUGAGAUCUUCGGCUUUCUCCCACACUCCAAAGACGUACAGGACUGGUAGCAUUGAUGAAGAUGGAAGGAAUCAGAUGGACAACUGGUUUCGAGCGGUCCACUUGAGCGUUAAGGCCCUGUCCCACUUACGUGUCCUUUGGAACGCAGCGCAGUGCCAGGCUUCACUCCUGCACCAUGUUUGUCACCAGCCUGCAGAUGCCCAGCGCUGGGCUUUGCCCGGGCAGUGGUAGUGGGGAGGAGGGCAAACAUGCCCGCACACCGUUCCCCACCAUCGGGCGAUCGCGCGCCGAGAGAGCGGAGCGGAGGGCGGCGCGGAGACGGGAUCUGUCCCCAAUGGAUCUCCAACGGGAACUCAUCGUCGACAGACUCAAGUGUCCACUCAUCUUCCUCGCUCCCCUCAUUCUCAUCAUUCUCUUACUGCUCAUUCUAUUUGGCGUUUAUAUCCUGAGACCUUUUCACAAAGUAUUGGAUUUCACCGCGGGGAACUGCACGGUGCUUGGAGUCUGGGGUCUGCCUGAAGGCAGCUGCAAUUCAGACAGAGACCUGUUCUCACCUUGUGUUCAAAUCGAGGUCAUGGUGCAGCUGAGCGAUGGUUCGAGGGGAAAGGCAGUGAUCAUGGAGAACGAACAAGCUUUGGUGAAUUGCCAGCAGUGUUCUUUCACGUUUGGCCAUCACGGGCUUCUUGCUGAUCGAUUAACUGCGUGCGAGGGCUGGAGAGACGACUUCAACAGGCUCGCUUGUGUCACAAAAUACCUCGACCAACAUGGACAGAUUAACGCCACCUCUCCCUGCUUCUACAAUCCCGCUAAUCCUCACGAGGUGAUCAGGAGCAAGCAGCUGACACUGGGAAUGGCAAUAAACUCAAUACUGUGGCCGGCACUCUGCUUGUUGGGCUACGGAGCAGCAAGUGGGUUUAUUCUGUUUGACUGCCGGAAAAGAAGAAAGCUGAACGCUCUGUUGGACAGCCGGGCGGCCAGGGCAAGGACGCCAGUGGAACUACGCCGGAGAAGGAGCAGAAUAGCCUGUCGCCACGGCAACCAGCACAAUUCCCAUUUUCCCAAUUAUCCAACAGUGCUCAAUGGCUCCCUGAGUUGUACCUGCCUGGACCACGUUUUGGAAGACCAUCAAACGCAGUCGACGCCCAGAGCUGAGGCAUCGUGGAGCCAUCCUUCAGCUCUGCUGUGGACAGAGCAGGACCUGCUGAACCUGGAGCACAUGGACCUGGCGAUUACAGGUCACCCCCAGCAGAGGCCACGUUCUGCCUACUCCAACCUGCAUGGUCCGCAGGAAGGAGAAGAGUUGGUGGACAAUGAGAUCGAGUGGGGCGCGCUCCGUGAGGACAUGGACUUUGGAAUAACAGAACAGGAGAUCGAUCAUUAUUUCAGCAGCAUUUCUCGGAGGCAUAACUUUCGCCAAAGCAUUCUGCCAUUCCGUCCGUUCACUGUCAUGCAUGAAACCAAGGUAUAAAACAAUAUUAAAACUAAAAUGGGAGCUUUGAACAAGCGGUGGCAACAUUUACGGAUGAUAAUUUUUUUCAAGUUAGAUGUAAAAUAAAUAUAUUCCUGAGAAAUGAAUAUUAUACUCCAAUAAUUAUCAAAAUAAAACUCGUGCACCAUUCAG